GGACAUUUAUAUGUUAAAAAUCGGAAAUCAGAAAGUGUGACACAGCAGUACUCGGGCGCAUGUGACCGCUUACAAACAAAGGAAAUGAUAAGCAUCGAUAAUGAAAAAGAUUAUCUGUGCAACCCGUUAUGCAAGGAACAGAAUGUGAAUUAGAUAGAUAUUCAAUAUGGAAAUAAAAUUUUUGAUUAGAGAGGGAAAGCGCAUUUUACUGGACUCAUCAAUCGUAAUUAUUUAAUCCUAUCCGAAAGAACUAAUUUCAGCUGAGAAGGGAACUACCUUAAAUUGAAUUGUUUUAGUCCAGGUCAAAACUCGGAUGUUUAGGGCCUCUUGCUGCAGAAAGAGCUGAAAACCCGUUGUUUGAAUAUAAUUUUCUCAAGUGAAUAGAACUGUCACAAGUAUCAUGAGAUUCAUUUUAUGACAUUUAACUAUACUGAGAAAACAGUAAACUGUAAACAUGUCUAAGAUUUCGAGCCGGACAAAUGUCAUACCAGAUGAUUAUCCAGUGCGUCCUUCAUCGACACAACAGAAUGAAAUUCAAGAGAACAGCUCUAGGAAAGAAAAUCUUUCGACAACUGUCAUACUCUGUCUAACGUACUUUCUUUACGGAUGUGGGAUCAGUAUUUAUGGUCCUUUAUAUUCGAAGGAGACGGAGAAGAAUGGGUUCACAUCUACUUUAUACGGACCAGUUAUGGGAGUUAGUUUCCUGGUAUCUGCAGUGCUGUAUCCUGUCGCUUGUCGCAUGGCGGCUUCAGUUGUUAUUCGAAUGUCUUCGACCAUGGGUCUGUUCUUAGUUGGAGGAAGCAGAAUACUAUUUGGGACCUUGAGCAGAAUUUCCUCUGGGACCUUUUACUCUGCGUUAUCUUUUUCCAUCCAAAUAGUAGAAGGUUUUGGAACAGCAGUUAUUCUAGCUUCUACUUUCGUUAUAAUGUUUUCCAAGAAAAAGGACAGCACAAAAAGAAAAAGAACAGGAAUGCAAGAAUUUCUAAUUUUAGGUAUUAUUAUUGGACCUAUAUGUGGGAAACCUCUAGCGGAUGUUCUCAAUUUUAGCGUACCUUUUUACGGCAUAGGAGUAUUGACGAUUCUAAAUGCUAUAUGUGCAGCUAUAGUUCUACCAGAACCAGUACGAAGACUGUCUUACAAAGAAAUGCACCUUUUUUCGUGGAUCAAAAAUUUAAGACUGCUUUUAUAUUUCUUUAUCAUCUUCGCGACUUUUUACUAUAUUGGUUUUUUGUCUGUGACUCUGGCAUCCCUCCUAAAGCAGUUCCAUUUGGAUAGUAUAUUUAUUGGCUUGAUGUUUUCCAUCUCUCCAUUUGCGUAUGGCCUCACUGCUCCAGGUUGGUUGUGGUUGUCUAAAAAGGGGGUUAAUAGCGUUUUACUCACUUGCAUUGCAAGCUUUUUAAUUUUUGGAUCCCUCAUUUUGAUAGCACCAGCAUCAUUCAUCACAUCCGAACAAUCUCUUUCAAACGUAUCAGCAGCUCUUUUACUCCAUGGGCUAGGAACAGCAGGAAAAUUGGCUUGUGUUGCCUAUACUAUACAACGAGAUUUAAGAAAGACACGAAGUUAUGCAGAAGUAGCUGGUCAAAUUAGCUUUCUGGUCUUUUUAUUUGGAUCUACACUGGGAUAUGCUUCAGGUACUGUAACUACAGGAUUCACUGACUUUUACUUAGGUGUCAGAAAAGCAACUUAUAUACUGUUUGGACUUGAGGCUGUUUCGGUAGCAGCAGCUUUCAUCUUUGCUUUCAAACGGAACUACAGAUCUCCAACGCAUCCAGGUGCAGCGGAAGAAAGACAACCGAUACUUGAACACUGAGAUUUUAUGAAACAUCUAUUUUAAGGCAUCACAGAAAAUGCAAUCUCAUCAUGAUACGCGGUUUAAUUUAUAUAACUCCAUAUUUUCCUGUAGCAUUCAAUUACCUUUGUUUUUAAAAUGUGUGUUACUGUUUUUAAAAUUUUAUUAAAACAUUUAAUGUAA